AUAUAUAUGAUUAAUGCCAGCCCCCGCUGCUGAACAAAAGACGAAAAGACAAAGGACAACGCGGACAACCAUUUUCGUACGAGGUGAUCUGCUGGGCAGAGCUGAGCUGAGCUAAGCGGCACUGAAGACUGAAAGUCAUUGUGAUUCCUCUGUAAAUUGGUGAUAUCGCCAGAUUGAUCAAAAUGCCUAAGAAGAACUACUACGCUGUGGCCAAUGGUCGUCAAACUGGUGUUUACGACAAUUGGCAGGACUGCAAAGAUCAAGUCGAUGGAUAUUCUCGCAACAAUUUUAAGGGGUUUAGUACACCGGAUAAAGCUUGGGAUUUUGUUGAUCAACAUUCUUCAGGAGGAAACCGCGGGCAAUCAUUUGAUUCCAACAGUAGAGCUGUAGCUUCACGAAGUGGCAAUCAAGUUGCAUCAAGAGGUGGUCAGGGAGAAGUUAACUUCUAUCGAAGCACUGAUUACACGGAGGGACGAAACAGUGUUAUCGUCCGCGAACGUUCUUAUGCAAGUGGUAGUUCUGGAAAUGGGCAUUUUGUUGAGAAAUCCACUCGUACCUAUUGGAAGGAAAACAAGUAAAUCAACUGGAAGAAUAAAAAGCUAACGAGAUGCCAGAGAAAAGAGAAUCUUCAUGUUUUAUAUGUACUGAAGAGAGUUUACAGUAUAGAGUAUAUGCAUAGAUAUAUUUUGAAAAGAAAGUUUUUUUUUCUUUAGUUUAUUAAGUUAGGAUCAGUUGGAAUAUAUGUUAUUUUAUCUUUGUUAUCGAUUAUUCCUGGCAUCGACGUCUACAAGUUACUCAUUCAUUUAUCUUUUUCAAGAUGUGUCUUGAUCAAUAAAUAAAUAUAAUUCUUAUAUAA